AUUUUGGACACGCGUGAGUUUUGACCUUGAGAUCCUAGAUGCCUAUUUUGCUUCCACGACCGCCUGCUUGUUUCAUUAUGUGAUGAUCAUUUCGUACUUAUUCCUCUCCAAAGAAACCGAAGAAGCAAUUUAUUGUGCCACUUACCACUUCCACUUCGACUGUUUAGGACGUACUUCGUUCACCUUUUCUAUUAGCAUCUUGACAAGCCGAAGCGCAACUGUCCCUGGGCUUCUUGACAGCCUCCCCGUACUUGUGAUCAGUCCCUACCUAUACCGCAACGAUCGCUGACUGCGCAAAACCACGACACUUACUAGGCUACAUAAAGGUUGACAUUUUCUUCUAUCCCUAUCCAUACAAUCCGAGCUCCAAACAUCCUCCAAAGUCGUCAUCCGGGCGCAUGACUUCGAUGCGGGAAUGCCGCUCACACCUCCCUACCACCCAACCGAGCCGCCCGAUUCUCCUCGCAUCGAUCCCGAUUCGGAUGCCGACCUCGAUCUCGACCUGGACGAGCUGGAUCCUGCUACGUCAUCGGCCCACGCCCAUGGCUCCAGGCUUCUAGGUGUACACUCAACGAGGCACGAACAAAGAGCACCACCAAUUGCCCUUCGAAAUCUUCGAAUGAGUGGCUUGAGGAGAUCCGCCAAACGAAGUCAUGGGUAUGGCGAGCUUGGCCGCCGAGAUGAGACCGGUGGUGAGGAUUUCCUGUCUCUGACAGAUGACGAGGUCCAAGAUCAGCGGUUCUCGGACGGAAGUGCAACUGUCGGUGAUGAUGCGCCUCUUUUACGCGAACAGCAUACCCGCCCACGACAACGUCCCGGCGCUGGCGGCCUUCGUGGGCUUGCUCUGAUGCGCUCGAGUCUGAAAGUUCCUCGCUUUAUGUCCAGUCAUAGCACACGUCGGCAAGGCGGCGACGGCGACGGUAUCGACGACGAUGGCGAUAACCAGGAGCUUGAUGACCCUUCGGCCUCUAGAAUUGUUGCUGUAGGCUCGAUUCAGACGACCCGCUAUCCGCCGAAUAUUGUUUCUAAUGCCAAGUACACUGCACUCACAUUUCUCCCUGUUACUCUCUAUAACGAGUUUUCCUUUUUCUUCAACCUCUAUUUUCUACUCGUUGCAUUGUCACAAGCUAUUCCAGCCCUGCGAAUAGGUUACCUAUCUACCUACAUCGCCCCGCUGGCCUUUGUUCUUGUUAUAACGAUGGGAAAGGAGGCAUAUGACGAUAUAGAGAGACGUCGUAGAGAUAACGAAGCGAACUCGGAGGCUUAUACUGUCCUUAGCUUAGACAGCGUAGCUCAAUCGGCCGCACACUAUAGCUCUGCAAAGAAGUCAGUGCCGUCAUCGUUGCGAAACCGUCGCCAAGCACCGUCGACCCGGCGGGAUAGGUUAUCGGAAAUCAACCAUGAGGAAGAACAAAUCGAGGGCGAAGGGUUGAAUCAGACACCACCCCAAGUCCUCCAAGUCAGCAAAAAAUCCCGCGAUUUAAAGGUUGGCGACAUUUUGAAGCUGAGCAAAGGCCAACGUGUACCGGCCGAUGUCGUUAUCUUGCAAUGCUCGACAUCGGAAACUUUACAGGACCACAACCCAGGAGCGGACCCAAAUGUCUUAUUGGUAGAUACCGAUAUGGACUACCCCGAAGACAACAAUUCGGCAGAUAUACACAACAAAGUGAGAGCUCAAGACAGCUCACAAGCUUCCGAAGGGAGCUCAUCCGGGGAGACAUUUAUCAGGACAGACCAACUUGAUGGAGAAACGGAUUGGAAACUUCGAGUUGCGUCUGCUCUUACACAGUCACUUCCUUUACAUGAAUUUGGCCGCGUAAGAGUCACUGGUGGGAAGCCGGACAAGAAGGUUAAUGAGUUUAUUGGUACCAUUGAAAUUGUUCCAAAUCCACUCAGUUCCGAGGACAUGGCAGAUACUAGCAAAACUGCCCCUUUGUCCAUUGAUAACACGGCGUGGGCGAAUACAAUCAUUGCUUCGCAGGCCACCACUAUGGCUGUUGUCGUUUAUACAGGUCGGCAGACUCGAUCGGCUUUGUCGACAGCACCCUCUCGAUCCAAAACUGGAUUAUUAGAAUAUGAGAUCAAUUCCCUAACCAAGAUAUUGUGUGCCCUCACCCUGGCCCUCUCUAUUAUCCUCGUGGCCCUGGAAGGAUUUAGCAACGCCGAAGGAAAUGUGUGGUAUGUCAAAAUUACACGCUUCCUCGUUUUAUUCUCCACUAUAGUACCCAUUAGCCUUCGGGUUAACUUAGAUCUGGGGAAGAGCGUUUAUUCCUGGUUUAUCCAGCGAGACACGGACAUACAUGGGGCAGUAGUAAGAACUAGUACGAUACCAGAAGAUCUUGGACGCAUCGAAUACUUACUGAGCGAUAAAACUGGUACAUUGACGCAAAAUGAGAUGGAAAUGAAGAAGAUUCACGUCGGUACCGUAUCAUAUGCCAAUGAAGCGAUGGACGAGGUUGCGUCUUACGUACGGCAAGGUUUUGGGUUGAAGGCAGAUGGUCAGUUGUUAAUCACAGCGUCUUCGACACAUAACAUUGGUGCCGGAGCCAUAGCGACCCGAACCCGUCGGGAAAUUGGCUCCAGGGUGCGAGAUGUGGUACUAGCACUAGCGUUAUGUCACAAUGUCACUCCGACCAUGGAAGAUGAAGACGGGCAAACUAUUACAUCAUAUCAGGCUUCAUCACCGGACGAAAUCGCCAUAGUUCGCUGGACAGAGUCAGUCGGUCUUCGACUAACAUACCGAGAUCGCAAACGCAUGGUCUUGGAAUCGACAGACUCAGGGAAAGCUAUUGUACAGGUACGAAUAUUAGACGUGUUCCCAUUUACGUCUGAUGGUAAACGCAUGGGCAUCAUCGUGCAAUUUAAUCAGAAUGAGCAUACAUCCUCGCCUAGUCUCAGUAAUGGGGAAAUCUGGUUCUACCAGAAGGGCGCUGACACUGUUAUGGGAUCCAUAGUCGCAGCCAACGACUGGCUGGAUGAGGAAACGUCCAACAUGGCGCGAGAAGGUCUGAGAACCUUGGUUGUGGGACGUAAGCGUCUUUCGCUUGACCAGUACCACGAGUUCUCCAACAGUUACCAGGACGCUGGUCUUACCAUCAAUAGCCGCGAGGCGGCCAUGCAGCAUGUUGUUUCCCACUUUCUCGAGAAUGAUCUGGAGCUAUUGGGCGUCACUGGUGUUGAAGACAAAUUACAGAAAGACGUCAAACCGUCUCUAGAACUGUUACGUAAUGCUGGCAUCAAGAUAUGGAUGUUGACGGGCGACAAGGUCGAGACAGCUCGGUGCGUCGCUGUGAGUUCCAAACUAGUAGCCAGAGGCCAGUAUAUAUACACUGUCGCCAAACUGAAGCGCAAGGAUAAUGCGCAGGACCAUCUCGAUUUCCUCCGCAGUAAGCCAGAUUCCUGCCUGCUUAUCGACGGGGAGUCUCUUGCGCUAUUCCUUACACACUUUGGUACCGAAUUUAUAUCAGUCGCCGUGCAAUUACCCACGGUGGUGGCAUGUCGAUGCUCUCCCACCCAGAAGGCGGAUGUUGCUAGAUUAAUCAAGGAGUUCACCCGGAAACGAGUAUGUUGCAUCGGCGAUGGUGGCAACGACGUAUCCAUGAUCCAAGCUGCAGACGUGGGUGUUGGUAUCGUGGGCAAAGAAGGACGGCAAGCUAGCUUGGCUGCAGAUUUCUCCAUCGAUCAUUUUUGCCAUCUUACCAAGCUACUUGUAUGGCACGGUCGUAAUAGCUACAAACGGAGCGCGAAAUUGGCGCAAUUCGUCAUUCACCGUGGUCUCAUCAUUGCCGUCUGUCAGACGGUGUACAGUAUCGCCAUCAAAUUUGAACCCGAGGGUCUCUAUAAGGAUUGGCUGCUCGUGGGCUAUGCAACGGUUUAUACAGCAGCACCAGUUCUAUCCCUAGUGUUGGACAAGGACGUCAACGAGAAUGUCGCCAAUCUUUAUCCCGAGCUGUACAAGGAGCUGACGUCUGGUCGAUCCUUGUCCUAUCGCACCUUUUUCGUGUGGGUUUUGGUCUCGAUAUAUCAAGGCAGCGUGAUACAGGGCUUGUCGCAAGUGCUCACCGAGGUCGACGGGAAGAGGAUGGUGGCAGUGAGCUACACGGUGCUUGUGCUUAACGAGCUCCUUAUGGUCGCCAUUGAGAUCACAACAUGGCAUUUUGUGAUGAUAUUAUGUAUCAUUGGGACGUUCCUCUUCUACAUUGGUUCGAUUCCAUUCUUGGGUGGUUACUUUGAUCUUAACUUCGUGUCCACGUGGGGAUACUUGUGGCGCGUCCUCGCCAUCAGCUCAAUUUCUCUGAUCCCUCCGUACGCAGGUAAGGUCAUCAGGAGGACGAUGAAACCUCCGUCAUACAGGAAAGUACAGGGCAUAUAGUAUGGUGACGAUGAUUUGGUAUGAAUGGGGCGCAGGCAUAUAGAAAGCCGGGCGUUGGGGCUUGAAUGCUUUUUGAUCUUCCUUGUUUGGCUUUGGCGUGGGUCGUGACACACGGGAAACAGCAUCACACAAUACCGUAUUCUAGCUGCCACUGCCUCGAAAAGCAGAUAGAUACCCAUAUAAACACAGGUGUAUAUUUUCCAUACAUGUUCCACAAGUAUUGGUUCCUUGUCGUCGUAAUUCCCUCUUGUGAGCCAAUCAUCGGGUGCUAGACAUAACACGAACCAGUAAUGAAUGUUCUGUUGGUUACCUGUCUUAGAUUUGAUGAAGCUUAGAUGUAGCAAUCUAGUCAGAUUCCUCGGUCAAAC